CGAAGCGGACUGUUCCACAGUCGUCUCCCCUGUCCCCCUCGUCCUCCGCCCGCAAUCCAAUCACGGGGACGGGUGAGCAGCGAGCGAGCGAGCGGGAUGGCGACGCUGACCUCGGAGCUGCUGCGGCCGGUGCACGCGGCGCAGGCGCUGGACGAGGCGGCGCUGCUGCGCUACGCGGCCGCGCACGUCCCGGGCUUCCCCGCGCCCGCGCCGGCGCUCGCCCUCACGCAGUUCGGCCACGGCCAGUCCAACCCCACCUACUGCAUCCAGGCCUCCGCGCCCGGCGGGGAGCCCAGGCGCUACGUGCUGCGGAAGAAGCCCGCCGGCGCCAUCCUCCAGUCCGCCCACGCCGUCGAGCGCGAGUUCCAGGUUCUCAAAGCUUUGGGUGCCUACACGGAUGUUCCUGUCCCUAAGGUGUUUUGCCUUUGCACUGAUGCCAGUGUGAUCGGAACCCCAUUCUACAUAAUGGAGUAUCUGGAAGGAGCAUUAUAUCUUAAUAACAAGUUAACGGGAGUAACCCCAGAGAAACGGAGGAAUAUAUACUUGGCUGCUGCAAAAACUUUGGCUGCUGUACACAAAAUUGAUACGACUGCAGUUGGAUUGCAUAAGUAUGGAAGAAGAGACAAUUAUUGCAAAAGACAAGUAGAAAGAUGGGGAAAACAAUAUCUUCAUUCAACCGGUGAAGGGAAGCCUGCACGUUAUCAGAAGAUGCUUGAUCUGAUUGGUUGGCUGAAAGAAAAUAUACCAGAAGAAGAUUCAUCGACAGGAUUGGGAACUGGCCUUGUUCAUGGUGAUUAUCGUGUUGAUAACCUUGUUUUUCACCCAACUGAGGAUCGAGUGAUAGGUGUACUUGAUUGGGAAUUAUCUACUUUGGGGAAUCAGAUGUGUGAUGUUGCUUACAGCUGUAUGCCAUAUAUUAUUGAUGCAACACUCACUGAAAAUAGUUCGUAUGGAGGAUUUGAACAUUUUGGCAUUCCAGAUGGCAUUCCUCAACUGGAAGAGUACCUAGCUGUGUACUGCUCUAUGUCUGUAAGGUCGUGUUGCUUCUUUUUUCAUGCUGGCUGGAUAAAACACCAAUCUUAUUCACUGUUUUUUUAUCAUUCUCUUUCUUCUUGUAAAUUUCCCUCAGGCACGGCCUUGGCCUGCAGCAAAUUGGAAGUUCUACAUUGCCUUUUCACUGUUUCGUGGGGCAUCUAUCUAUGCAGGAGUAUACCACAGAUGGACUAUGCUGGCACACAGGGUAAUGCUUCAGGUGGUGAGCGUGCUAGAUUUGCCGGCAAGGCUGCCAAUGUUAUGGUUGACUGUGCCUGGGAUUACAUUAAUAGAGAAAAUGUCCUGCGAGCACACCCUGCUACAGGUAUGCAUGUCUCGAAGGCUCCCCGGCAAGGUUUCCAUGUAGAGCAGGAAGAUUCAACUUUGACAAAUGGUCAAGGCAAAUUUGUUCCUAGCGAAAAGGUUAUGCAGCUACGGCAAAAAAUAAUGAAGUUCAUGAAAGAUCAUAUAUAUCCCAAGGAGGAUGAGUUAUACAAACAUGCACAAUCAACCUCACGGUGGACAAUCCACCCCGAAGAAGAAAAUUUGAAAGCAUUAGCAAAAGAGGAGGGAUUGUGGAACUUAUUUAUUCCGCUUGACAGUGCAGCUAGAGCAAGAAAGCUACUACUUGAGGACCAAUCUCAUGUUUCUGCUGGAAGUUCAAAUGAUCUUUUGCUAGGUGCUGGUCUCACAAAUCUUGAGUAUGGAUAUUUAUGUGAGAUUAUGGGCCGUUCAGUUUGGGCUCCACAAAUAUUUAACUGUGGUGCACCUGAUACGGGUAAUAUGGAGGUCCUGUUGAGAUAUGGGACUAAGGAGCAACAGAAGCAGUGGCUUGUUCCUCUACUGGAAGGGAAAAUUCGUUCUGGAUUUGCAAUGACAGAACCACAAGUUGCAUCUUCAGAUGCAACAAAUAUAGAAUGUGCAAUAUCCAGGCAGGGAGAUUUCUAUGUGAUAAAUGGCAGGAAAUGGUGGACCAGUGGGGCUAUGGACCCGAGGUGCAAAAUCCUGAUAUUAAUGGGAAAAACAGAUUUCUCUGCACCUAGACAUAAACAGCAGUCGAUGAUCUUAGUGGAUAUCAACACUCCUGGAGUGCAGAUAAAGAGACCAUUGUUAGUCUUUGGGUUUGAUGAUGCACCGCAUGGACAUGCAGAGAUUACUUUUGAUAACGUGCGUGUUCCUGUCACAAAUAUCCUCCUCGGAGAAGGACGUGGUUUCGAGAUUGCUCAAGGAAGACUAGGUCCUGGAAGAUUGCAUCAUUGCAUGCGACUAAUAGGAGCAGCUGAACGUGGCAUGAAUAUGAUGGUUGAGAGGGCCUUAAGUAGGACCGCUUUUGGAAAGAAGAUUGCACAGCAUGGUUCCUUUCAGUCAGACCUGGCAAAGUGUCGGAUAGAACUGGAGCAAACUAGGCUUCUGGUGCUUGAAGCAGCCGAUCAACUCGACCGGCAUGGGAACAAGAAGGCCCGUGGGAUCCUUGCAAUGGCCAAGGUGGCGGCUCCAAAUAUGGCCCUGAAAGUGCUUGACAUGGCAAUACAAGUCCACGGCGCUGCAGGGGUCUCAUCCGACACGGUCCUGUCCCAUCUAUGGGCAACCGCUAGGACACUGCGGCUCGCCGACGGCCCUGAUGAAGUCCAUCUCGGCACGAUCGCGAAGCUGGAGCUGCAAAGGUCGAGGCUGUAAGAUCAGGACCAUAUAUUGAAUAAAAAGGGGGACGGCAAACUUCUGGAGAAGGUCAGUUAAGGACAUCAUCAGAGUCACGGCUAGAUAGAAUGGUGAAUAAGUGGCGUUAGAUUCCUCCAUGUACACUCCCUGUUUGCCUUGUCGAUUCCCUUGUCAUUUGUCCACUAGAACCAUGACACAUCUUUAAUUUUCGUCCUCUGUUGUAAAGAGUCCAACCCUACCAGCACAGUUACAUGAGUACCAAUGACUAUUACAGAUCUGAA